AGCAGCUGUCCCACAGAGUGAAGGAAGGUAAAUGUGAGUGCUCACCGCUCCUAGCUGCAACCUCCGAAAGACAACAGAGCGGCCAAAGAAACUCAUCUCCAUCCUCUCCAUCAUCAUCAUCAUCUUGUCUCUGGAUCUGGGCUAUCCACAUUUCUAGACCAAUGUUCUUCUUCAUCUGAAUCGCGUGGAUUUAUUUUAUAUAAAUAUAUACUAUAUCUUAAAAACGGGUCACUAUGAUUAUAUUUACAUUCCACACCAGAAGACGGUUUCAUUGUUUGUAUGCCUGGGCGUUUUGCUCGCAAACCUUAUUUUGGAUUGUAUGUGCCGUCAGCGGAGAGGAGCAGCAUUUCAGUGUAGAGUCCUGGUUACAGAAAUAUGGCUACCUUCCACCAACUGACCCUCGGAUGUCUGUGUUGCGCUCCUCACAGACCAUGCAGGCUGCUAUCACUGCCAUGCAGCGCCUUUAUGGCAUUAACAUCACAGGAACAUUGGAUACAAACACAGUAGAUGAUCUCACUUUAAGCUGGAUGAAGAAGCCUCGGUGUGGAGUGCCUGAUCAGUUAGGAGGAAUCUCCAGGUUCAGUGUCCGAAGAAAGCGCUAUGCACUGACAGGGCAGAAAUGGCAUCACAAACAUAUCUCUUACAGCAUAAAGAACGUCACUCCUAAAGUAGGAGAAACCGAAACUCGUAAAGCCAUUCGCCGUGCCUUUGAUGUGUGGCAGAAUGUGACCCCCCUGACAUUUCAGGAAGUCCCAUACACUGAGCUGGAGUCUGGCAAAAGAGACGUGGACAUUACAAUUAUAUUCGCUUCAGGUUUCCAUGGAGACAGUUCUCCUUUUGAUGGUGAAGGGGGAUUUUUGGCACACGCUUAUUUUCCUGGGCCAGGGAUUGGUGGAGACACACACUUUGACUCAGAUGAGCCGUGGACUUUAGGAAACCCAAAUCAUGAUGGAAAUGAUUUGUUUCUGGUUGCGGUUCAUGAACUGGGCCAUGCCUUAGGCCUUGAACAUUCCAAUGAUCCCACAGCAAUCAUGGCCCCUUUUUACCAGUACAUGGAAACAGAUAAUUUCAGACUGCCUAAUGAUGAUCUGCAGGGUAUCCAGAAAAUAUACGGUCCACCAGACAAGAUUCCACAACCCACAAGACCUCUUCCCACUAUCCCGCCACAGCGCUCAAACCCAACCCCAGAUCCGCGGAAGACCAACCGGCAACCCAAACUUCCCCGGCCACCUUCUUACCCUGGUGCCAAACCCAACAUAUGCGAUGGGAACUUCAAUACUCUGGCCAUCCUUCGCCGGGAGAUGUUUGUUUUCAAGGAUCAGUGGUUUUGGAGGGUGAGAAAUAAUAGAGUGAUGGAUGGCUAUCCUAUGCAGAUUGCAUAUUUCUGGAGAGGCCUCCCUUCCAAUGUUGAUGCUGUGUAUGAGAACAGUGAAGGGAAGUUUGUGUUCUUCAAAGGUAACAAAUUUUGGGUCUUUAAGGACACAACUAUUCAGCCAAACUACCCUCAAGACCUGUCAAUGUUUGGCAGUGGAAUUCCAGGUCAGGGAAUUGACACAGCAGUCUGGUGGGAGGAUGUUGGGAAAACAUAUUUCUUCAAAGGCGACAGGUACUGGAGGUAUAAUGAAGAGAUGAAGGCCAUGGACCCAGGUUAUCCCAAACCCAUCACUGUGUGGAAGGGUAUUCCAGAUUCUCCUCAGGGAGCUUUUGUCGACAAAGAGAACGGCUUCACAUACUUCUACAAAGAGAAGGAGUACUGGAAGUUUAACAAUCAGAAGCUCAGAGUGGAACCAGGGUACCCACGGUCCAUCCUUAAAGACUUCAUGGGAUGUGAUGGAUCAACAGAUAGAGAGAAAGAAAGUCACCACCCUCAGGAUGACGUUGACAUCGUGAUCAAGCUGGACAACACGGCGAAUACUGUGAAAGCCAUAGCCAUCGUCAUCCCCUGCAUACUGGCCUUGUGUCUUCUUGUCCUGGUUUACACUGUCUUUCAAUUCAAAAGGAAAGGCACGCCUCGCCACAUACUGUACUGUAAACGCUCUAUGCAAGAGUGGGUGUGAUUGGCGCACUGUUUCCAUGGCAUUGGAAAUACCUGGAAAUGUAACAUGCAGACUAAUAAUGCUGUUGCCACGUGAGGAGCAGGCAUUUGCCCACCUCUGGGUGGCUGACGUAUAGUCCCCCACCUGUUCUGAGCAUGUGUGGGGAAUUCAACUAGGAAGCUUCCAUGAUACACAGUAUCCUCUGUUACUUCAAGUCCUUUGUCUUUCAUUGGCAAACCGUUCAGUAUCUUGACCUUUUCUUAUUUCUUCUGCACGCUCAAAGCCCAUAGUAAACUUGCUGGCGUUAACAAGUUAUACUUUUCUAUUUAAUUACAUUUUUUCAAUGUAUUAUUUUCAUGAACAUAUUUCAUUUAAUUCCCCUUUUUUAAACCUUUUUAAAAACAUUUUUAACUGCUUUUUGUUUUAAAGCGCACACCCAAAUAAAUGAUUUCUCUCCACAGUGGAUAACUUUCUUCUUUUUUUUGUGGACUAUAAUCACUGCGCUUGAUCCUUUGCGAAUGGGAGUUGGGAUCUUUGACUGUUGUCGCAGUCUGUCUCGAAAUAGGGGCCAAAAUUCCCUGCAGUAUUUUAACAGCCUUAAUUACACAUCUUGUUUUCUUGAUUUUUUUUUUUUUUUUUUAUAUAUAUUGCUCCAUUCAUGUUUUAAAGAGCUGAUGGCUAUUUCAUGGUUGUGCUCUUAAUAUUGUUUGCUUGACCUGUACACAUUGGUUUCCUAGGGUAUGGGCAAAAAAUAUCUUUAAAAUGGAAUAUAUCAGGCACAACGGGAAAAAAAGACCAAGUCACGUUACAAAGAAAGCUGAGGUCUUUCAGAAGAGCAUUAAGUUUCUGUAACUCCUUGAAAACUGUAGUAUCAAUUUGCUUCAGUAGUUAAAAAGAUUCAAGACAUGUUUAACAGUUAAAAGUCUUUUUUUUUUUUUUUUUGGUCCAACCCACAUGAAGAGACGGUAAAAGCAAAUGACAAUGGCAGAAACGUUAUGCUCCAUGACAUUGUAACAGUUGGCUUAUUCCACAACUUUACAGGUCUCCUCAUGCAGAUAUGGGCAGAUCACUCAUUAUGACCAUAGUUCUCUAGCACAUACAUUCCAACAUUCACUAUGCCAAGGUAGAUUCACGGAAUGUAAUCUAAACUCUGGGUUCAAAAGUAAGAAAGAAAGAAAAAGAAAGAAAGAAAGAAAGAAAGAAAGAAAGAAAGAAAGAAAGAAAGAAAGAAAACAGAUCAAUUUGUCAUCAUAAAUAGUUUAAAGUUGGUAUGUAUGUUUGGUACAUUUUUUCUUUAUGGGCUGUAGCACGUAGUUAUGCCAACAGCACCUACAAAAAUCUAGUUUCAGUCAUAUUCAUUGUCUGAGGUUCUUUUUUUCCUGGUACAAGGACACAUUUUUGUCAGACAUCAAGAGCCAUGGUACCACUACAGCAUUACCCUGUUGUAUUGUGUCUUCAAUACUACUAAGUACAGUCUUGUUUUUCAAUCUGCUUGCAGAGCAGGUUUGUGGUAGUAUUGUAAAAAAAAAUAAAAGGAAUAAUAAUAAUAAUAAUAAUAAUAAUAAUAAUAAUAAUAAUAAUAAUAAUUCAAUGCAUAGUAAUAAGCAACUGACUGCCAGCAUUAGUAUUUAAGAGGUCCUUCCCAGAAUGCCAGGACUUGUACACCAGUAAGUGAUUUUUGUUUUUGGACAGUGAGGAGGGCUAUGGGGACUAUUGUUAGUUCAGUGUCUCAGAAUCAUAACUGAGCCUAGUAUGGUAGCUUGUAAAUAAAAGAAAAAAUGCCUUGAACCUAUUGUAGGAUGUUGACAUGUUAGAUUAAACUGUAUUGUCUGAGGAUAGUCUUUGUAUGGACUAUGUUAAAGGGUAUUCCUAUUCUCCUUGCUUGCUUUCUGACCUAGCAGCUCUUUUUAGAAAGAGAGUGUUUGGAAGGAACUUACAAAGGAUUAUGAUAACCAAACAGUGAAUAUCGCACCUUUGCAGGUUUCUGUAAUUUUCACUUUUCAGAGGUUUUAAUUUUUUAAUUUUUUAUUUUUAUUUUAGAUUUAUGGAUAUCUGCUCAUAUAA